AUGGGAGUAUGGGAAACCUGCUGUUUGAAGCCCCUAGAUCCCCACACAUGGCGUAGCCACCACAGACACGGCUCAGAGAGUCGGGCGGCAGCCGGGAGACACUCACCUGAGGGACAGUGCGGCGACAGAGACCAGGGCUGUAGUGGGGACCCUCAGUGUGUGGGGGCCGCGGGAGGCCACAGUGCCAUGGAGGAGGUUGGAGGGUUGAGAGGAGAGGGGGUUUCUGCUGUGUGCUCUCCCCAGCGUGAUGCAUCUACCUUCAGGGUGGCAGCAGGCGUGGAGUGGGGUGCGAUGGAGCGAGCACAGGCUCAGUGGCGCGGUCACCUAGGGACGCUGCAGCCGCUGUAG